CUCUCCCUCACAACCCUCUAAUAAAAUCCUGAGGCUCUCAAAUUUUGCAGACAAAAUAUCCUCUAAUUCUAGUAUCAAAAACUCACCAACACACAAAACCAUACCCUCUAAAACUUUCAUUCAGCAGAGUUAAAGCUUUAAACUUGCGAGUAGAGAAGCUUUGUUUUGUGUUUUGCAAUGGCUACUGCUAUAUGUGCAACUGGGUUUAAGGGAGGUUUAGGUUCAUCGUUUUAUGGAAGCUGGGGAAGUUCAGUGAGUGGUGAAGAUUAUCCCAUGUUGGUUAAGUCAGUGCCGAAUGUUCGUGUGGCGAAACCCAUUAAAUCAGCGCCUAUGAUGAAGAAUGUUAAUGAAGGGAAAGGUGUGUUUGCUCCUCUAGUUGUUGUCGCUCGUCAAAUUAUUGGCAAGAAGCGGUUCAAUCAGUUUAGAGGCAAAGCAAUCGCUUUGCAUUCUCAGGUGAUUACAGAAUUUUGCAAAUCAAUAGGAGCUGAUCCAAAACAAAGGCAAGGACUGAUUCGUUUGGCGAAGAAAAAUGGAGAGAGACUUGGGUUCCUUGCAUGAUAAACACCACUUAAUUUUCGUGUUGUCAGUGUCACAACCAUGAAAGAUGCUUUGAAAUUUAUAAUUCCUUUCAAGAGCUGUUACAUGUAAACAUACUUCUUCUCUUCUGAGUGAGUAUUUUACCCAGAAACAGAUAA